AUGAUGAUUACUUUAUAAAGUAAUCAAAAUUAAGAUUAUAAUAAAUACAUUACAUUAUAAAUACUAUAAAAAACAAUGAAAAGUAUUCAAGGCGAAAAGAUAGAGAUCUAACUUCAUUAAAAUAAAAAAAAAGCAUUUUAAUCACUGGAAUAAAAAUCUAAGGUAAAUCAGAUUUUCAAAUGA